UGUUGCACUGGCUAGCUAGUGUGUGACCUACAAAACGUGUGGUGCAUUCGGGGAACGUGUGUAUUUCGAAAUCGAUUUAGGUCGGACGUUAUGACACAUUCGUUUUGCGCUUUAUGUUAAUUUAGCCAACAUCAGGAUGGCCUCCAAACUCGCUGCGUUUUCAUUGUUAAUCUCGACUUUAAUCGUAGUGAUUACGAUAGUUAUAGUGUUUGUGCCGAAUCUGAUCAGCUACAAGCUGUCCAUAUCCAUGACGGAAAUAAUGGCGCUCCCUGGUAAACUGACUUCCAUGUCUGGAAUGAUUCCGGAGCAUACCUAUACGGUUGGGAUAAUAGAACCAAAUAUUCCUACAACAGGACUACCACCUGGCAUUGGUGAUUAUCGACUGUGCGUUUCACUCGGGAUUUGGCGCUGUGACUUUGAAACAGUGGUACCAGCAGUACCAAUGCCAAUAAAUUGGGGAGGAUCAUAUGUUUCCCUCGGAGAUAAAUUCGAAACUACUGCUAACCAGAUGAUGUCUUCCCUAGACCAGAUGGGUUUCGCUAAACUCCUGUUUGGAGAAAACGCUGUGCCGGCGAUGGCAGGCCUGAUAAGGACCAUUUUCGUUCGCGUCCAAAUUGAAGUGACUGUCGCCUUGGUGUUUGCCGUCGUUGCUCUAAUGAUAACAAUUGCAGUAAUGUGUGGGAAGAUUGGACAGACAAAUCCUCUGGUCGUCACCUCCACAGCAAUUUGUUAUCUCAUCCAAGCCAUAAUGCUGGGCGUCGCAUUAGGUUCAUUUGCACAAACUCUGCAGCAGGUUACGAGCUUGGCAGAAAUAUAUGCACUUGUGAAAAUCACCGAUCGAGGCUACGGAAUUGUUGUGCUUGGGUUCUUAGUUGUCCUUGCCUCCAUCUCACUCGCAUUGACCAAUCUUCGAAUGCUGGCCUACCCUGCAAAGGAACCAUACAAACGGUUUAACCAAAGUGACGACUCACUUGCAUAUCCUGCUAGGGAGAAAUUUAAACUCAAUGGCGAAUACGAUGUUUAGCUGCAUAUAACCAGCCCGCAACGUAUUGGACUACUUAAACAUCAUGGCAAUAAUACAAGGUGGGUUGCAGGAUAUUAAGAAUUGUACCAGAUUCGGAUGUAAAAUCAAUUCUCGAUAAAAGGAAAUGGACAGAAUGCAGCGUUCUAUCAUGAUAUGAACACGUGUGCUCAACGCAAUCACAUGUUGCACCAUACUGAGUGAUUAUUCUAAUGUGCAUGCAGAAUAUAUAGAAUAUGACGCAAUAAGUAUACCGAUCCUAGUCGAGUUUCUGUAUCACCUUAGGCCUAGUUCUUGUCGCUGGUGUUAUUACGUGUUCAUAAAAUAUUUUGCAUUUCAUAAAAAAAAAAUAUCAAACGACGAUAACAAAUUUUAAAAAAGCGUAUAGACUUGCGUCAUUAUCAUGCAGAACACGGAAGGAGUAAUAUGAGAUGGACAUAAGUUUCAAGCUGACAAUGGAGAGGCCCGGAGAGAUAAUGAUACACUGAUGAAACAGUGCUUCGGCUUGGAUCAUGGACUGUUUCACCACACAGUGAUCAUGAUUUACUUUACAGGUGCUUAUUACCACCUCGUAUGGUAGGUAAGCGUUAUCUGACAGGAAGUACCGGAACAUGUACAGUAUGUAGCAAGCACAUCGGACCCAGUACACAGUACCUGUUAUAAUCCGAGACUGAUUCUGUUAUUUACAAGACACUGUUUCAUUAAAUAUAUUGGUACAUGUAUCUACCGAAUAUCUAUGUCAGAUCGGACAUUAUCAGUUUGUUGGUAGAAAGUUAUGUAUAAUAUACAAUAAAACACAGGACGAAAAUGCGAAAAUGGUACCCAUACAGAGCCAGGCCUAUCGAUUACAUAAAGAGGCCCUCAAUUAAACGCUCAUAACUUUGAGCGGUGAUUUUUUUCCGUCCAAAAUAAUAAUAGACUAUUUUAACAAUUAGUGGGUAAAAUACGAUGAACGUAUAUGAUGCUCGGAGCUAAACAUGAAAUGUUUCAACGAAAACAAAUAACAAUAAAAAUAUUAAAAAUAUUGAUUUGCUUAUACAUAUAGUUUUAUAUAUCAUUUAUGUAUUUUAAAAUAUUUUUGACAAACGUAUAAACAGUUUAGACACUUUAAGAAUUCGCAGUAUAAUUUACUAAUGAUUCGUUCUAAUUAACCUUGUCACGUGUUAUUUUGUUUUAAGGUCCAGCUAGAUUUAGGUGGUAAACAACAAAAAGCUAUUGCUAUUUGACGAGGCUUUAGUGAUUAACAUGUAUAUAGGCGAAUGUUGUUAAACAAACAACAAAAUAGGGGACAUGUACACUUUAUAUAUUUCAGGUUUCCACAGAUAAUAUGCCCAGCAGAAUUAUAAAACACUGUUGUGCGGUUCCUGACUUACUAGAGAGUACUAUUCAGUAGAUACCCCUUUCGUGAAGUGUGAAAUUUAGGCCAUAUCUGUCCUAAUUAAUCAAUUGUAUACCUCGAUUUAGUUGACUCGGUAAUGAGUUGCCUUUCCACUCUAAUGUACCACGUGACUCCAAAUCACAAAACAUUUGUUCCGGAAACCGUUAUCUCGAGUACGACGUAUAGCAAUCCAUACCAUUCGUUAAUAGCUAUAUUUGUAAAUCGUAUGUCACUGAGAUUAGUCAUACCGCGUUAUCAAUAAAACUAACCACAAUUG